AAUGUUUGCCUAACGUCAUUGUCUCGCAUGUAGCCUGUGUGUAAGACCACGGUCCAUGUUAACUAUAUCUUACAAUUUUUGUUCAAAUAACUUUAAUUCUAAUUUGAUAUAAUACGGACAGAAUGGAUAAGAAUCAAAAAGUUAUUAAGGAUGAAAUCGAUAUUCGCGAUGAUUCUAUUUGGAAUACGAAUGUUAAACAAGAAUUAAGUGAUGAAAAACAUUUUGUCGCUUUUCAAAAUGUAGAUAUAAUUAAUAUGCAUCCUAUUAAACAAGAAAUAAGUGACGAUCUAAACACAGUUCAAGUAUUUGAAGACUUUAUCGUGGCCGCAAAAAAAGAGAAAAACUUUAAUAUAGUUGAUAAACCCAAUAAUCAAAAGAAAUUUAAAUCUUUGAGAAUAAAAACUGAAAAGGGAACUAAAUCACGAGUGUUGCUAAAAAAUGGAAAACGUCUUAAUCUGAAUAUUAUUAAUGGGAUUAUAAUCUGUGAGUUGUGUGGAUUAUUAUAUACGAAACAAAUCGAAUUCCUUUGGCACUUUUCCACAUGUUAUUGUAUGAAGAAUGAAUCUUGUAGAAAAAAAGGAAUGACAGACAGUGCUGUUAACAGUAAUGCGAAAAAUGAAAUUGAAACUGUUGAGGAUGGUUGGAAAAUCGAAAAAUAUAACAGAAAAUGUGAUAAUUUCAAGUCAAGUAUAUGUGGUGGUCAAAAGAUAAAUGAUUUAAACUUAUUCGAAUGUGACAUUUGUUCGAAAACUUUUUCACGAAAAUACAGUUUAAAUAAACAUUCACGUAUUCAUACUGGGGAGAAGCCAUUUAAAUGCGACAUUUGUUCGAAAUCUUUCUUAUGGAAAUUCAAUCUGAUUCAACAUUUGUGUGUACAUACGGGAGAAAAAAAAUUUAAGUGUGAUAUUUGUAUGAAAAAUUUUUCUCAGAAAGGUGGUUUGAAGACACAUUUGCUGCUUCACGCAGGAGAAAAGCCAUUCGAAUGUGAUAUUUGUGCAAAAUCUUUCACACAGAAAGGUAGUUUGAUGGAACAUUUGCGUACGCACACAGGAGAAAAACCAUUCAAAUGUGACAUUUGUUUGAGAAGCUUUCUACGGAAAUCUUGUUUGAAAAAACAUUUGAUAACUCACAAAGAAGAAAAGACAUUCAAAUGUGACAUUUGUUUGAAAAGUUUUUUCCAUAAAUUUAAUUUUAACAUACAUUUGAAAGGUCAUGAAAAAGAAAAAUCAUUUAAAUGUGAAAUCUGUUUAAGAAAAUUUUCUCAUAAACAUCAAUUAAAUAGACAUUUGCGCGUUCACACAAGGGAAAAGCCAUUUAAGUGUGACAUCUGUUCGAAAACUUUUUCACAGAAUUAUAGUUUGAAAAUACAUUUGCUUGGACACACUGCAGAUAAUUCACACAAAUGUCACAUUUGUUCAAAGACUUUUUCCCAGAAAAUCAAUUUGAAUACACAUUUGCUUAGUCACGCAGGAGUAAAACCAUUCAAAUGUGAUAUUUGUUCGAAAAGUUUUUUACAUAAACAUCAUUUAAAUAGACAUAUGCGUAGUCACACAGGAGAAAAGCCGUUUAAAUGUGACAUUUGUUCAAAAACUUUUACACAAAAAAAUAAUUUGAAUAGACAUUCAAUUAAUCACACAGAAAAAAGGCCUUUCAAAUGUGACAUUUGUUUAAAAAGUUUUUCCCAGAAAUAUAAGUUGAAAAAACAUUUACUUAGUCACGCUGGAGACUUUAAUCCCGACAGAAUUGAUAUGGAGCAAAAAGUAAUCAAGGAUGAAAUCGAGGUUCACGAUGAUUUUAUUUGGAAUAUGAACGUUAAACAAGAAUUAAGUGAUGAAAAGCCUUGCGUCGCUUUUCAAAAUGUAUAUAAAAUUAGUAUACAUCCUAUUAAACAAGAAAUAAAUGACGAUCUAAACACAGUUCAAGUAUUUGAAGAAUUUAUGGUCGCAGCAAAAAUAGAGGAAUGCUCUAAUAGGGUUGAGAAGCCCAAUAUUGAAAGCAAAUAUAAAUCGGAGAGAAUAAAAACUGUAAAAGAAACUGAAUCACAAGGGUUGUUAAAAAAUGGAAAACAUCUUAAUAGGAUUGGUGGUAUUAUAAUCUGUGAGUUAUGUGGAAAUUUAUACACGAAACGAAUAGAAUUCAUUCGACACUUUUCUACAAGUUAUUAUAUGAAGAAGAAAUUUUACCAGAAGAAUAAAUGUUUUAGAAAAAAGCGAACAACGAGCAGUGCUGUUAACAGUAGUGUAAAAAAUGAAAUUCAAACAUUUGAAGAUGGUUGGAAAAACGAAAAUUCCAAGUCAAAUAUAUAUGUUGGUCUUGAAAGAAAUGAUUUAAACUUAUUCAAAUGUGACAUUUGCUCAAAAACUUUUGCACGAAAAUAUAGUUUAAAUAAACAUUCACGUAUUCAUACAGGGGUAAAGCCUUUUAAAUGUGACAUUUGUUCGAAAUCGUUCCUACGGAAAUUUCAUUUGAUUCAACAUUUGUGUGUACAUACGGGAGAAAAAAAAUUUAAAUGUGAAAUUUGUUUAAAAAAUUUUUCUCAGAUAAGUGGUCUGAAGACACAUUUGCGCAGUCACACUGGAGAAAAGCCAUUCGAAUGUGAUAUUUGUUUUAAAAAAUUUUCGCAAAAUGUUAGUUUGAAGGAACAUUUAUACAGUCACACAGGAGAAAAGCCGUUUAAAUGUGAAACCUGCUCGAAAAGUUUUUUAAAUAAACAUAAUUUAUAUAGACAUUUCAGUAAUCACUCUGAAGAAAAGCCUUUUAGAUGUGAUAUAUGUUUAAAAACUUUCACAAAGAAAAAUAGUUUGAAUGUACAUUUACUAAAUCACACUGAAGAAAAACCAUUCAAAUGUGAAAUUUGUUUUAAAAGUUUUCCACGAAAAUCUUCUUUGAAAACACAUUCGAUUACUCAUAAAAAAGAAAAGCCAUUCAAAUGUGAAAUUUGUUUGAAAACAUUUUCACAGAAAUCUUCUUUAAAAACACAUUCGAUUACUCACAAAAACGAAAAGCCUUUCAAAUGUGAAAUUUGUUUGAAAAGUUUCUCACAAAAAAUUCAUUUGAAUACACAUUUGCUAAGUUAUACAAAAGAAAAGCUGUUUAAAUGUGAAAUCUGCUCGAAAACUUUUUUACACAAACAUCAUUUAAAUAGACAUCUGCGUAGUCACACAGGAGAAAAGCCAUUUAAAUGUGAUAUUUGUUUAAAAACAUUCACACAGAAAAAAAGUUUAAAUGUACAUUUAAUUAAUCACACUGAAGAAAAGCCCUUCAAAUGUGAACUUUGCUUCAAAAGUUUUUCUCAAAAAUAUAGGUUGAAAACACAUUCGCUUAGUCACACAGGAGACAAACCAUUCAAAUGUGACAUCUGUUUAAAAACUUUCUUAUAUAAAAAUAGUUUAAUUGGACAUUUGCUUCAUCACAAACGAUCCAAUCUGAUAUUAAUUUGCUAUAAUCCAGGCAUAAUGGAUAUGGAGCUAACGGUGAUUAAGGACGAAAUCGAGAUUCACCAUGAUGUUAUUAACAAUAUGAAUAUUAAACAAGAAUUCAGUGAUGAAAUUCCUAGUGUCUUUUUGAAAAAUGUAAAUACAAUUAGUAUGCAUCCUAUUAAACAAGAAAUAAGUGACGAUCUAAACACAGAUCAAGUAUUUGAAGAAUCUAUGGUCGCCGCAAAAAUAGAGCAAUGUACUAAUAUGGUUGAUAAACACAAAAUUCCAAACAAAUUGCAAUAUUUUAGAAUAAAAACUGGAAAGCGAAUUAAAUCACUGGUGUUGCUAAAAAAUGGAAAACAUCUUAAUCUGAAUAUGAUUGGUAGGAUUGUAAUCUGUGAAUUGUGUGGAAAUUUAUACAAGAAACGAAGAGAAUUCCUUUUCCAUUUUUCUACAAGUCAUUAUACAAAACAGGAAUUUUACAAGAGUAAUAAAAGGAGAACAAACCUUGAUGAGAAUGUGAAAAAUGAAAUUGAAAUAGUUGAAGAUGAGUGGCAAAAAAAGAAAAAUAUCGAAGGGUCUGAUAAUAUCAAGUCAAGUAUAUAUGCUGCUCAUAAAUUAAAGCGAAAUUAUUCAAUUGCAAGAAAAAACUUCAAAUGUGACAUUUGCUUGAAAACUUUUACAAGAAAAGAUAGUUUAAAAACGCAUUCACGUAUUCAUACAGGGGAAAAGCCUUUUAAAUGUGACAUUUGUUCAAAAACUUUUUUACGAAAAAUAAGUUUAAAGUUUCAUUUUCGUAGACACACAGGAGAAAAGCCGUUUAAAUGUAUUUAUUGUGCAAAAAGUUUCUCAUAUAGCAGUAGUUUUGAAUUACAUUUUCGUGGUCAUAUUGGAGAAAAGCCAUUCAAAUGUAAAAUUUGCUCAAAAACUUUUUUACUAAAAACUCAAUUGAAGUCACAUAUUAAAAUUCACACUGGAGAACCAUUUAAAUGUGACAUUUGUUCAAAAUCAUUUUUAUGGAAAAGUAACUUAAAUGCACAUUUGCAAAGGCACUUAGGAGAGAAAGGAGAAAAUUCAAAAUUCAAAUGUGAUAUUUGUUUGAAAGCUUUUUCACAGAAAAGUAAUUUGAAAGCACAUGUGCAAGGGCAUUCAAGAGGAGAAGUAUUCAAAUGUAAAAUUUGUCUAAAAACCUUUUCACUGAAAAAAAGUUUACAAAUGCAUUUUCUCAGUCACACAGAAAAGUCAUUCAAGUGUGACAUUUGUUGUAAACAAUUUUCUUAUAAAAAUCCUUUGAUUAUGCAUAUGCGUAGUCACACAGGAGAAAAGCCUUACAAAUGUGACAUUUGUUCAAAAACUUUCACACAGAAAUCUAAUUUAAAAACACAUUUGCAACGGCAUUCAGGAGAAAAAUCAUUCAAAUGUGACAUUUGUUAUAAAACCUUUUUGGUGAAAAAUAGUUUGAAAGUACAUCUGAUUACUCACACAGAGAAGUCAUUCAAAUGUGACAUUUGUUUUAAACCAUUUCCUUAUAAAAAUCAUUUGAUUAGACACAUGCGUAGUCACACAGGAGAAAAGCCAUUUAAAUGUGACAUCUGUGCAAAAACUUUCACACAGAAAUCUAUUUUAAAUACACAUUUGCAACGGCAUUCGGGAGAAAAACCAUUCAAAUGCGACAUUUGUUUGAAAGCCUUUUUGGUGAAAAAUAAUUUGAUUAUACAUAUGCGUGGUCACACAGGAGAAAAGCCGUACAAAUGUGACAUCUGUGCAAAAACCUUUGCACAAAAAUCUCAAUUAAAUGUACAUUUGGGUAGUCGCAAAGAAAGAAACUCAUUAAAAUGUGACAAUUGUUCCGCAACUUUCACAAACAAAUGUAGCUUCAAUAGACACUUUGGCAUUCACCCUGAAAUGAAGAGAAUUCAGAAAUAA